UAACAAAAAAAAAAAAGGAUCUGACAGCGUGGGCAAAAAAUCCGACGACCUCUGGUUCUCGGCAUUGAUUCGAAUUCGACCCUGAAUUCAAACAAAAAAAAAAGAGAAUAAUAAUCAGCAGAAACAAAAUCGCGAAAGCUAAAGGAAGAUUGACGAGGAUUUGCUGCUGGGUUUCUAUUGUCUUCGUACCGUAUGAUCGGUUCCUCAAUUCAUGGACCAGCUUCGCAAGAACAAGGUUUCUCUCAGAGGUGCUAGUACUGGGGAGAUUUCAAGGGAUGAUUUGCUUGCAAAGGUAUCGCAAGAAAGGGAGCUACGGAGCUAUGCAAGACGGGCUAAUGCCGCCGCCCUCUUCAUUCAGAGAGUUUGGAGGUCCUAUAUUGUGAGGAAGAGGGCGGCUUUGGAACUACGAGAAGAAUGGGAGAUCUUACUGAAUCACCAUGCAGGUUCGGUCACCCGAAGUUGGGUAUCAAGCAGCGUCUUGAGACCCUUUCUUUUCUUUAUCAGAUCUUUAUCUGUUCAAUAUCAAAAGAUACAAGCAAGAGACAUAAGCUGCACACAGACUUGCUUUAAGAAUUUAUUGGAGAGCAUGAACUCUAAUGAUCCGAAUUGCAAUUUCUGUUUAUUAGCAGUUGGUACACUUGAAGAGAGAAGGGCAUGGGCCUGCCAAACACGAAAGCUGGUUUCUCUAUGCGCUUUCCUCCUAACGGAGUGUAAUAAAUCACAUGAAAGGAUAAAAGAUGUUAUUGUUGUUAAUGCCCUUGCAUUACGUAUUCUUGUUGUUUUGACUGAUCCGAAGAGCUGGAAGGGCAUUACAAAGGAUAAUUUUAAAGAUGCAGAAAUAGCUGGAAAGAUGCUCAUUUUGUUUCUAGGAGCCCGUAGAAGUGGAUAUUACACGGCUGUUAGAAGAUAUUUCCUGACAUUAAACAAGCAAAUGGAUGACAGGUUGUUGAUUACUACUAGUGCGGUAACCUUGGCCAUACGGCCGUUUCACAUGAGAGAGUCUGAUUUUGUUGAUGGUGAUCAACCAGACAUAAUUUUGUCUGUUGAAGAAUAUAUUGCUUCUGUACUAACAAUUCCUCGGCUAACUCAAUGCCUGCCAAGUGCUCUCAUAUGUGCACUGAAGCACAGGACUGUUCUAACUCCGAUUUUUCGCACUUCACUGACUUCGUGGGAUAAAGUCUUGACCAGACUAUUGGAAAUAGGGCGUGCAGAGAAACAAAGUCCCUCCUCCAUGGUGAUUCCUCCUGUUGGGUGGGCUCUUGGAAACAUUAUAUACCUGGCUACAGUUAGUGAAAACGGGUUCGUGGAUCCACAAGGAUCAAUUCCUCACAUGUUUUAUGUCUCCUAUGUGCAUGCUGCGAUGACCCUUGCUGAGAAUUUCUUAUCUAGGCUUGAAAAUGUUGGAAAUCAAGAUAUUCAUCGUGAUUUUGAAGCCUCGGCAGAUGAAAGUGGCGCGGGAGAAAAUUCCAUUAAGAUCUCUUAUUUGGAAUUGCUUAGACCAAUAUGUCAGCAGUGGCAUCUUGUGAAACUUUUGGCAGCUUCAAGGAAAGAUACUCCAGUUAUUACAGAGAAGAGUGCAUCAUUGGGCAAUCAAGAAGGAUCAGAGAAGCUUGAAUUGUCUGAUAUUGCACGGUUUUAUUCAUCCAUGCUGAGGAUCUUUGGUGUGUUGAAUCAUGUUGGGUCUUUGCCUGUCCUUAACAUGUUAUCCUUCUGUCCUGGAUUCCUUGUCUCUCUGUGGAGUUCUCUUGAGAGUCUCCUCCUCCCUGAAAAUGUUCACACUGCUGGCAAUUCUUCUCGUAGUUCCACUGAAUCUUCACUGAAUAAGAGGCGUGUUUCUGAGAAGAAAGUGAAGUCUCCUAAGAAUGAUGGCGUCAACAAGUUGGUGGAUGUGCUAAACAAGUUUGCUGGUAAAUCUCAGGCAAUGCAUUAUGAUAUGAAUUUGGCUAGAGGUCAGCCUGAAUCAAGCCAGGUCAACGAGGAACCAACCAAUACUGUUUGGGAUGUGGAAACUUUAAGGGGUGGUCCUCUUGGUCUAUCCAAAGAUGUGUCUUGCCUGCUCCAUCUAUUUUGUGCAACCUAUUCGCAUUUACUCCUUGUGCUUGAUGACAUAGAAUUCUAUGAAAAGCAGGUACCCUUUGUGCUAGAGAAACAACGGAGAAUUUCGGCUGUGCUAAACACACUUGUGUACAACGGCUUGUUGCGUGGCACAAGCCCUGAGAACAGACAAUUUAUGGAUUCUGCUGUCAGAUGCUUGCAUUUACUGUAUGAAAGAGAUUGCAGGCACUCCUUUUGCCCUCCUGCUUUAUGGCUUUCUCCUGGUAGAACCAAUAGACCUCCAAUUGCUGUUGCUGCCAGAACUCAUGAGGUUGUGUCAGCCAAUGAUGUUCUCACCUCUCCAAGCAUGGGUUCUGUUAUCACAAUCACUCCACAUGUCUUUCCAUUCGAAGAGAGAGUCCAUGUCUUUAGAGAGUUUAUUAGCGUGGAUAAAGCCUCGAGGAAAAUGGCUGGUGAGGUGGAUGCGCCUGGUUCAAGGUCAAUUGAGAUAGUUGUUCGUCGUGGUCAUGUGGUUGAAGAUGGAUUCCGGCAACUAAAUUCUAUUGGUUCCAAGCUGAAAUCAUCUAUUCAUGUCUCGUUUGUGAAUGAGUCUGGCCUUCCAGAGGCUGGCUUAGACUAUGGUGGGCUGUCAAAAGAGUUUCUGACUGACAUAACAAAAGCAGCAUUUGCUCCUGAGUAUGGGUUAUUUUCCCAAACUCCUACAUCAGAGAGACUGCUUGUUCCAAGCCCAUCAGCUCAACACCUUGAGGAUGGGAUUCAGAUGAUUGAGUUCCUCGGUAGGAUUGUUGGUAAAGCUCUUUAUGAAGGAAUAUUACUGGAUUACUCUUUUUCGCAUGUUUUUAUCCAGAAGCUGUUGGGACGGUAUAGCUUUCUUGAUGAGCUAUCAGGGCUAGAUCCGGAGCUCUACAGGAACCUUGUGUAUAUUAAGCAUUAUGAUGGUGAUGUCAUAGAACUCUGUCUGGAUUUCACGGUAACUGAAGAGUAUUUCGGCAAAAGGAGCAUUAUUGAGCUCAAACCUGGUGGCAAAGACAUUUCAGUGACGAAUGAGAACAAGAUGCAAUAUAUUCAUGCCAUGGCUGACCAUAAACUGAACCGGCAGAUUCUGCCCUUCUCCAAUGCAUUCUACAGAGGAUUGACCGAUCUUAUAUCACCUUCUUGGUUGAAACUAUUUAAUGCCCACGAGUUUAAUCAGCUACUUUCUGGAGGAAAUCAUGAUAUAGAUGUCGAUGACCUAAGGAACAACACAAAAUACACUGGUGGUUACUCUGAGAGCAGUCGAACGAUCAAAAUCUUCUGGGAGGUCAUGAAAGGGUUUGAACCAAGUGAACGUUGCAUGGUUCUUAAAUUUGUGACUAGUUGUUCUCGGGCACCGCUACUUGGCUUCAAAUACUUGCAGCCAACCUUCACCAUUCACAAGGUCUCUUGUGAUACCUCUCUUUGGGCAGCCAUUGGAGGACAAGACGUGGGAAGGCUUCCAUCUGCUUCUACUUGUUACAAUACUCUCAAGCUUCCGACUUAUAAACGUGCAAGCAACAUGAGAGAGAAGCUUCUAUAUGCCAUUAGUUCGAAUGCAGGAUUUGAACUCUCCUAAAGAUAUCUGACCAGAUAAUGGUACAGGCACUUACCAUUAUCACUUGGGUUUGUGAUGAUGUCUAAGAGAGGUUGGUAGGAAUCAAAGACAACAAGCUUGAGGCCUGGAUUCUUCUUGAUUAGGCUUUGAGAUGUGUCCUUGAGUUUGUUGUUGAACAUGACUGCAUCAUUGUUCAACCUUUCUACACAAUUGUUGCUUCCAAGACCAAAGAGCGUGAUGGCUGCCGGUAAACACCCCAUUGGUGGCAAUGAUAUCACUCCGAUCCUCCUCGCUCCUAGUCCAUACAGAUUCUGUUACAGAAAACACUUUGGUUCUUAGUGACAGAAAAUAAGGGUAAAUAAUCUUUUUUCAUUGUAAAUUUGCUGUUACUAUUGCACAUUUGCUUGAUAAUUCAUGUGUAUGACAUUGUUUCUCCAUGGAUUUUGUCAUGAAAGUUUAAGUCUUUUUCUCGA